AUGCCGGGGAGCGCACGGGGCAGGACGGGGUCUGGGCAGCGUUCUAGCGCUGCUGGAGUCACAGGGCAUGACGGACCCGGGUCACCUCUCUCAAGGGGCUCAGAGUGGAGCCAGGAGAAACCUCCCCCCCUCCCGCCCCCAAAGCAUCUGGGAGGAAUCGGAGCUGGGAUGUGACAGAGACACAGGGUAACGAGCGGUUAGAGACGGGAGGCUGACACCAGCCGAGGGGACGCUCGGGGACUGAAGGGCAACAAAUUCAUACGGGGCAACAGAAACACUUUCUGCACAUGGUGCACCAUCGGCCUGCGGAACUCACAGCCACAAGGUAUCUCGGCAGCCCCCAGCUCAGCAGGGCUCAGGCAAGGAUCGGCCAUUCCUGGGGAGCAGGAGGCCUGCCAGGCACGUCAGAGAGGAGGGGAACGGGAGGGACACGAGAUGAGCCCGCCCCAGCUGAGGGGUUGGGGGAACUCCCCCAUGGACAAGCUGUUCCACAGGGGGUUUCCUGCCCCUCCCUCUGAGGCAGCUGGUGCUGGGCCCUGGCAAUGCCAGGAGACCAGGCUCGAUGGGCCCGUGGGCUGAGCCGGUUGGAGAUUCCUACAUCCCAGCCCACGCUGGCUCAUGGCCCCUCUUCCUUGCCCUCCCCCCCUCCGUGCCCUCUUGCAGACGGGCUCUUUGUGACCGAUUACUUCACCCGCACGCCGCGCAAGCUCAGCCCCUUCCGCUCCUUCGCCAGCAUCGAGCUCUUCCACUUCCGCAUCCCGGAGGACACCCUGGUCGCCGUCUGGAACCUCAUCACCUUCAAGGAGCAGGGCGGCACUUUCGGGGACCGGUGCCCGGACCGCAGCGUCACCGUGUAUUUCCGCUCCGGGGCUCCCCCCGUCAUCGCCCCCCUCCAUACCCACUUUCCCCGGGACACGGCCAUCCCCAGCUCCUUCACUCUCACCCUCACCUGGAGCCUGCCAAACCGCACCACCGGCGUCUUCAACAUCACCAGCCCACUGCCCGGAGACUGGUUCCUGGCCGCCCACCUGCCCAAGGAUGAGGGCAAGAUCUCCGUCAAGGUGAGGGGCCAGCAGGGAAAGGUUAAUGGCCACGCCCCCGACACCAGAGGCAAGAAUGAGCCAAUGCCCUGCAGGGUGUUAGAGCUGCCCCAGGCCGGUGCAGGGCAAGGCCCCUGUUGCUCUGACUGGGAGAGGGGCAGGGGGUUCCCCAUUGCUCUGUCUGGGGGAGUGUGACGUUGCUGCCCGUGGGAGCCAGCUGAGGUCA